AUGCCACUCGAACUUUCAAGUGAAAUAGACUUAGAGAAAUUACAGUCUGAGGAUCAUAAUGUGAUAUUAAGAUGUCCAUUUAAACAAUGUAAUACCCGAAUAAUUAAGUACUCUCCCAGCUUUAUUCAAAUCUCCGUGGAUAAUGCCCCGCAAACAGUUAAAGCCACAAAAGAUGAACUUCCUACAAUUGAACGCCCCACCAACUUCUACCAAAUAGAUAAUGUAUGGGAUUUUGACAAUAUUGGUGUUAGUAGACCCUCUCUGAUAUCCGAUGAUCCUAUAAUAGGACAUGACAGUACGGUCAAAAUCGACAGGCUACUCAUUUGCAGUGAAUGCGACAAAGGUCCCCUCGGGUUUGCCGGAAUACCUACGGACAAAGAACAUCAUCAUACCAAUUUGAAGUACUUCUUAAGCUGCAAUAGUACAAUGUAUGAGGUUUAG